GGUACCUACGAAAGUGUACUCUUGCGCUAGACAAUCGCCUCUGUGCGCAGUGUGUACACGGCUUCACCAACAAUGGCGAUGGCGAUGGUGAUUGCGGUGGCGGCAGUCGAGUGGAUCUCUCCGACAAGAAAGGAGGCGGAGAGAGACGGGCAAAGCGGACAGUUGGUGAGGCACGGUAGGGAAACCUGGCUCGGAGCGGGGACAGCGGAGGAAGGUCUACAGUCCACUCGUAAGAAGGAGACAAAACGCAAAACAAACAACAACAAAAGGCGAGAAACACGAAAAAUGCACUGCAAGGCCAGAGAAAGGAUAGGGAUAGAGGUCACUCGGAGGGAGGCAUGCACGCACACAGGUCGCGGUGGAGUGGCUAAAAAGGAUCGGGGAUAGCUCGUGGUUCGCGUCGCGUCAGUGCGCGGUCAGCACAACGGAAGAGAGAAAAUCUGAAGAGGGGCGCGCUCGGCGGCAGUGGGCACGCGGUGAGACGGGCGACGGUGAGAGUUUAGUUUUGUGGACAACCACGAGAGCCAGCGUGGACGAUAGGUCCAGGGCAUCUCCAGUCAUGCGUGUAUUCUAUGGAAUGCCUCGUCGUAAUUGGGAUGAGACACACCAACCCUCAAAAGUGG